AAUCUAUACGCCGAGGAGAGGAAACUCUGGCUGGGGCAGAGCGCGGAGCUCCGGCAGUUCGUGGGGGAACGGCGGCCGGAUCGGCAGCGCAACGGGCAAAAUACAAUAGAGGCGACAACAGAAGGGAGCCCUCGUACCUCUCCCGUAAACACACUCCACUCCACUGCCACCUGCCCCUUGGCAUCGUGCUGCCCGGCGCCCGAGGCCGCCCAGACUACUAUGUAACCGAGAAGCUGCCGGAGGAAGGGGGAACCCGGGAAAAGAGGUUCGCCAGUGAGAGCCCCUAGGGGCCAAGUUUGCGGCCGCUUCUGCCCGCGCGCGCCCUUUCGUAACCCCCCGCUCACCCCUUCCUGGAACCCAGCUCGCCCGGGCGUCUUUCGCCUCCUCGCGUGCCCAACAGACGCGGUUCCCGGCGACCAUGGUGACGGUGGACGAGCUGCGGGAGAUGGACUGCAGCGUGCUCAAAAGGCUGAUGAACCGGGACGAGAACGGCGGCGGCGCGGGCGGCAGCGGCAGCCACGGCGCCCUGGGGCUGCUGAGCGGCGGCAAGUGCCUGCUGCUGGACUGCAGACCGUUCCUGGCGCACAGCGCGGGCUAUAUUCGAGGCUCGGUCAACGUGCGCUGCAACACCAUUGUGCGGCGGCGGGCCAAGGGCUCCGUGAGCCUGGAGCAGAUCCUGCCCGCCGAGGAGGAGGUGCGCGCCCGCCUGCGCUCCGGCCUCUACUCCGCCGUCAUCGUCUACGACGAGCGCAGCCCGCGCGCCGAGAGCCUCCGCGAGGACAGCACCGUGUCGCUGGUGGUGCAGGCGCUGCGUCGCAACGCCGAGCGCACCGACAUCUGCCUGCUGAAAGGUGGCUAUGAGAGGUUCUCCUCCGAGUACCCAGAAUUCUGUUCCAAGACCAAGGCCCUGGCAGCCAUCCCACCUGCUGUACCUCCGAGCACGGCGGAGUCCCUGGACCUGAGCUGCAGCUCCUGUGGAACCCCACUGCACGACCAGGGGGGUCCGGUGGAGAUCCUGCCCUUCCUCUACCUCGGCAGUGCCUAUCACGCGGCCCGCAGGGACAUGCUGGAUGCCCUGGGCAUCACGGCCUUGCUGAACGUCUCCUCCGACUGCCCGAACCACUUCGAAGGACACUAUCAGUACAAGUGUAUCCCGGUGGAGGACAACCACAAGGCCGACAUCAGCUCCUGGUUCAUGGAGGCCAUCGAGUACAUCGAUGCGGUGAAGGACUGCCGCGGGCGCGUGCUGGUGCACUGCCAGGCUGGCAUCUCGCGCUCGGCCACCAUCUGCCUGGCCUACCUGAUGAUGAAGAAGCGCGUGCGGCUGGAGGAGGCCUUCGAGUUCGUCAAGCAGCGGCGGAGCAUCAUCUCGCCAAACUUCAGCUUCAUGGGGCAGCUGCUGCAGUUCGAGGCGCAGGUGCUGGCCACGUCCUGCGCGGUGGAGGCCGCCAGCCCGUCGGGGCCGCUGCGCGAGCGGGGCAAGGCCACCCCCACGCCCACGUCGCAGUUCGUCUUCAGCUUCCCGGUCUCCGUGGGGGUGCACCCGGCCCCCAGCGGCCUGCCCUACCUGCACAGCCCCAUCACCACCUCCCCCAGCUGUUAGAAGCCUCGGAACACCCUCCCACCAGCCCACGUAGGGUGGGGCCCCGUGGCCCGGUAGCAGGUCCGGACUGACCCGCAGGGCGCCUGGCGACCAAGCUCCUUCCAUCCAUCUCUCUUUGGCCGACCGUGGGGCCAGCUAGAAUGGCAAUAAGGACCUCGAAUACAUAUUUAAACGCAGACAAACAAAACACUCCAACUUAGAGCAAUAACGGCUUCCUCGGCAGGCAGGGAAGACCUGGGUCUUGGUUUGUGUCAGUUUUACUUUUCAGAUAGGAAUUUCUUACCUCAUUUUUUUUUUCUUUUUUUUUUUAAGCAGUAAGGCUUGAAGUUAGGAAACCCACAGAUCCUGGCAAAUGUGCCCUCCCGGUUUUAUUAAGGGGGAGACGGGUGGCGGGGGAGGGACAGGGCCGAAAACAAGUUGACCAGAAGUGCCUGCUUCUGUGUGCUGGUCCUUUUGUUGUGGUAGUUACAGGAAUUUUUUUUUUUUUUGGAAGAAAUCUUUUAGGACAUGGUUCUCCUUUCUAAGUCACCACCAACAGGUGAAUACUUACGCUUAAUAAUAAAUAAAAGUAUUUAUUGAGAAUUUGCUCAGAGUAUGUAAGUACACAAAGUCUAGUGACCGUGAUUUUAGAAUAUAUUGAUGUUGGUGUGGACCCGCGGAGCACAGCAGCAUGCAGACGUCAACGCAGUGAGAAGUGGUGUGUUUGAGAUGGCAUGACGGUCAGCUUGCAUUUGCUGCCGCUGAGAAGGGGGCAGGGUGGGGUGGGAGGAGGAGAAAGGGAAGGGAGGACGUUGUUAGCGCUGUCCCUGGGGAUCCGUGGGAGAUUGGUUCCACCACCCCCUCCGUCCAUUGCGAAUACCAGAAUCUGUGGGUGUGUACAUCCACAGAUAGCACAUCCUUGAAUAUGGACUGGAGACUAUUUUUGAAGUUGGUUCUUGGGCACAUGGACCACCGAAGUGAUUUGAAACCGCAACCAUACAACCGAUUCGGAUGAUCAGUAACUCAGUUUGGCGGUGGAAGCAUUUUUCUCCUAGACCUGCCCGAGGACUUGUAUAUCAUCUGUGAUAAAUGCCAUAUCGUGUAAGGUGCUCCUAAAAAAAAAAAAUUGGGUGCAAUUCAGAUUCUCCUGCAGCGAAUCAUUUGCCAAGGCCCUUGGGGAACCCAGCUAACAAGAGAUAGACCGGAGAGGGACGUGGAAGCACCAUUUUUUUUUUUCUCUCUCUUUUGCCUAAAUCGGAGAUUUUAAUUUUAGGGGGUUUGCUUGGAAUGAAGUAUGCCAACAAAUUCUUGUGAUCUUAAAAGAUUCCUGGUGUAGGUGGAUAUCUGUAAAGUGAAUAGGUGAAUAAAAAGAAGGGCGUGGACACCCCACUGGAGGUCCUGUGGAAGAUUAGGACAGCAAGAGAGCGUGAGUGAGGAGUCAGGCAGACUCUUUGCAGGGAAGCUGGUUUCUGGAUGGGCACUAGCGUGCCAUAGCAGAAUCCUUUCUUGAGAUAAUGCUGUUUUCAGGGGGCCUUUGCAAAUAGAGGAGUGGCGUUUGGAACAAGGAGCAGGUGGGUUGGGCUUGGGGGGAGGGAGGAGGGAACUAACCACGGGUUAUUUAACUUAUAGUAUUGUGGACAGUGUUGUCACCCCAUGCCAGGUUAGCAGUAAUCCCAAACUUGUCUAGAAACGAGAGCAUGCUUUAGGUUUUGCUUUUUGGGGUUGUUUUUGCCCUCUGAGGAUCGAAGUGCUGCUCACCCAUUAAUAACUUCAAGCCUCGAUGUCAGCAUAGUGUCGGAGUGCUCCUUCUUGUCCCCACGUCCCAGACAGGACCAGGUUCCUUACGUUUUCUUCCAUAAACAUGAACCUGGCAUCAUCUGUCCUGCCUUUGUCAGGCCUUGUUUUGGGUGUGGCCAGAGUUCCCACUUCCUGUUUUUAGAAAAGCCCAAGGCCCCAUCCUUUCCCGGGAGCUGCUUGGCUGAACCCCUCCUGAAGACGUGAAGGGGUAUGGUUCAUGACACUGGGCCUAUUGAGAGACAGCUCAGCUGGACGUUCCCUUGUCUUCCUUGAUUCUUGGAAGUUGCUUCAUGUUUUGUGAUGAAUGCGGUCAAAUGUGCUCCACUGCUGGAAAAGUGUGGGUUCCCACAGACAGAUAGGUCUGCAGGAGGGACUGCUUGAAGAGGGAGGGAAAGUAGCUUAGAACAGAUUGACUUUUUACAGAAUGAGUGUACAUUUGCCAAAAUCUGUGUAUUGUGCUUUCCCGAACCGGAUUCCAGCUGCCCGGACAGUCGGAGCCCAGGACCCGCCCCGACCGGGUCUCUUCCCUGCUUUCCAAUUCAAGUCUCGUGUCCACAGUGUCAAACCACUAUUUAUAAAGCCAUUUCCUUUGUACUUGAUAACAGUGUGAGUCCCCAAACCCUUAGAAAUCAAAUAGGAAAUGGGCUUGAUUGGAAUCAGGGAUUUGGGGGUCACUGUCUACUUCUACCAUCAGAAGCCUCUUUGAUGACUUGGAAGAAAGAGCUCUAAUGAAGACAGCACCAUGAGGUCCCUCGAAAUGGCCACUGGGUUUCAACAGGCGUCUCUCCCAUGAAGUGAUUUCUGGUGACAUGCAAUUACUGUCGCAGUCAGAAAGCUUUGCCACUUUGAUCCAUGGUGACCUGUGCUAUUGACUCACUGGAUCAUCUGUAGAGACUGGAGGCCAUUUUCCUCAGAUGUCCAUCCUAGCCUGAUUGUAGAGAGUUGAUUCUGAUUCUAUAUGAGAAAAAAUACAAAAUUCUUGGGAAGAUGGGCAGAGGGAGGUGGGAUGGGUGAUCUCAGUGUGAGGGGAGGGGGCCGUGAGAUCGGAGUUUGGCCACCAGCCUUUGUUCGUAAAGUCGGGGUUCACCUUUGCUGCCCGUUAGCCCAGACGAGGUACACCAGGAAUUCUGGAGGAGGGACCUGGGCAUCAGUAGGUUUCAAAGCUCCCCAAGUGCUUUCCCUGCAUAACCGAGCUUGGGAAACUUAACUUUCUAGAUGGCAAGGUGCUGUUGGAGGCCAGGGCUUGGUAACGCAGAGCUGGCUUGUGUGGCAGAAACCACAGCAGACAGUUGUCCCUGGCCCCGCGUGGUCCCAGCUCUGCUGAGGGACAUUAUGGUUUCUGUCAGAAGCUCCCGGGGCCUAAGACCUCCUGGACGAGGUGCCUUUUUACGCCCCUCAAAAGCUGAUCUGUGGUUCGUAAGGAACUGAAGAACGUGUCUGGCUGUCAGUGCUCUUCUUUGCAAGUUUGUCUGUUUAUCAAGAAGUGUGGAGAGGGACUUCACUAGCAGUCCAGCCCCGUGCUUCUAAUGCAGGGGGUGUGGGUUUGAUCCCUGGUCAGGGAACUAAGAUCCCACAUGUUGCAUGGUGCAGCCGGAGAAAAAAAGGCUGUAGAGUGCCACGUCUUUGAAGAGAACCCUGCUCUCCCUUAGAGCUUAUGAGUCAUGUGAGAAAGAGGCUUCUUCAAGACAGCAAUGCAAUACUUGUAAUUUCUAUAAAUAGCCCCAUCUUUCAGAGUGAUGUCAUUUCUACAUUUGAUAUGCUUGUAUUUCUGUAGGAUGUAUAUAGUUUAGGGGAAUUUUGUUGUUGUUUGGUUUUUUUUUUUUUUAGAAAAGUCAACAUGUCUGUUUUUAUUUAUUGCUUGAGACAAAGAUCAUUUGAAGAAAAAUAAAUACAUUUUCGACCA